AGGAGGAGGAGGAGGGGGGGAAGAUGGCGGAUGCGCCUCCUGGCGUGGAUGUGCCCGAACUGGGCACCUGGAGCAUCGCCGAACUCCAAGCCAAGCUCAAUGAGAUCGGUUUCUCCCCACAAGGUAUUAACCCGCCGCCUGUCCGGACUGAAGGCGACCGACACCGGCCCGGGCCCAGCGACGCCCGGAGCCUGGGGCUCGAGUUCCGGGUAGUCCGCUGCCCCGACCUCAGAAGAGUGCGUGAAGAUCUGAUCGAACGCCUGCAGAACUACAGUCUCCAGACUGGAUCGAUUCUGAACCGACCCGUGCGUAAGGAUGAGCUGGACAAGGGGCACCCCAUGUCACCCAUGCCGGGGCAGAUGGCCGGGAUGCAGAUGCCCCCCCGCUCCAUGGGCAUGUCGCGAAUCCCCCACCCGCCCGGCAUGCAGAUGGGCUUCCCCAUGGGGGUGCCCCACGGGAUGGGCCCCCGCAUGCACAUGCCCUCCGUCGACCCGUCGGGCCUCUCCGAGGAAGAGAGGCUGAAGCUGGCACAGCAGCAGGCCGCCAUCCUCAUCCAGCAGGAGGAGAGAGCCAAGCAGAUGAGACGCAGGGCCUCGGUGCUGCAGCUCCCGCUGACUCGUUUCGCGUCUUCCCCUCAGGCAGCCGCUCUGAUGCAGCACGAGAGGAAGCAGCAGGAAAUGGCACAGCUGCAGCAGGGUGUCUCGGGACCCCGGCCUAUGGACGUCCGGCCCCGCCUGACGAUGGGGCCGCGAGGCAGCGGGCCCAUUCAGUUGUCCAUGUCCGUGGGCAUGCGUUCGUCACCGCAGGGGAUGUCCGCCACGCUGACCGGGCCAGGGAUGGGCCCACGCAUCCGCGGACCACCCCCACCCCCCGGAGAAGAGAACAGAGAGGGCGAUGAGCUGGGACCCGGCCCCAGAAUCCCCCAGGUCCUUGAGAAGAUCCUUCAACUCAAGGAGCAGCGGCAGGUGGAGCAGACGGCAAUAUCGGAGGCUUCAGAUGAGGCUGAUUCAACGCUGGGAGCCACCCUGACACCGGCCGAUACCGAGGAUGAAGAGCUCGCCUCGUCGCUGUCGAAGAAAGAGAAAAGCCGGAAACGCCGCAACAGAAAGAAGAAAAAGAAGGGGGUGCGGGGCGAGGAGAACGGGGUGAAGAAGAAGGCGGAGGCGGUGGAAGCCAUGGACACCGACACGGAUGUAGAGGUGGAGUACAUCACCGAGGAGCCGGAGAUGUUCGACGCCAACUUCAUCUACUUCAAGAGGAUAUUCGAGUCCUUCAGGCUGACGGACGAUGUGAAGAAAGACAAGGACAAAGAGCCGGACAAAACCGACAAGCUGGAGUCGGCCGUGGUGCUGAAGAAGAAAGGGUUUGAAACGGACCUGAAGGGGAGCAGUGACGAUGAUGAUUUGGACAGUGAUGAUGAUGCGAUGAAGAAGGACGACCUCCCCAAGCUGUCAAAGAAGAAGAUGAGGAGACUGAAUCGCCUGAGUGUGGCUGAACUGAAGCAGCUGGUGGCCCGGCCGGACGUGGUGGAGAUGCACGACGUGACAGCGCACGACCCCAAGCUGCUCGUCCACCUCAAGGCCACCCGCAACUCGGUGCCCGUGCCCCGGCACUGGUGCUUCAAGCGCAAGUAUCUGCAGGGCAAGCGCGGCAUCGAGAAGCCCCCCUUCGAGCUGCCCGAGUUUAUCCGCCGCACCGGCAUCCAGGAGAUGAGAGAGGCCCUGCAGGAGAAGGAGGAGCAGAAGACCAUGAAGACCAAGAUGAGGGAGAAGGUGCGGCCCAAAAUGGGCAAGAUUGACAUCGACUACCAGAAGCUGCACGACGCCUUCUUCAAAUGGCAGACCAAGCCCAAACUGACCAUCCACGGGGACCUGUACUAUGAGGGAAAAGAGUUUGAGACCCGUCUAAAGGAGAAGAAACCUGGAGACCUGUCCGAUGAGCUGAGACUGGCCCUUGGAAUGCCGGUGGGAGCUGUAAGUACAUUCCCUUCUUUCCCGGG